GUUAAGCUACAAAAAAAAUUCUGAAAUAAUUCACACGGUUUUCUUAAAGUUUUGGAAGAUUAUUACAACUUAAAAAGUUAAAAAUCACUCAAAAAUAAAUUGCAAAUUUACUUCUAAAAAUUGAGUUUCUGAAUUGCGAUAACCGGUACUACUAUUCUUUCUACACAUUUGGGUUAACUGGAGAGCAAAAACAGCUUUCUGACGUAUACCUCGGAUUACACGUCAUUGCAAUCGUUGACGUUGACACGUAUAUCGACUGUUAUUUUAUUAUCUAUUCCCUGGCAUAUUGCAUUUUUUUAUGUAAGUGGUAAAUAAGAAAUCGUAUAUUAUGGAUAAAAUCGUGGACAAAGAUUGUGGAUAAAUCGUGUUACUUGAGGUUAUGUUUUACAAGAAUAAAGAUUCUUCAGUGAUCAAGUGUCACCGUCAUUUGAUAUAAUUGUUUUGCAUGGACAACACGUAUUUUUAUUGAAAUAAUAAUCAUUAUAAUAUACUAUUUCCGUUUUAAUUAUAUAUGCAGAAUAUUGAAACAAUUCUGCACUUCUCAAGGUAUUUGGUGGAACAAUAAUUUUCUCCUAGACUUGUUUACUUAUUAAGCCAUCAAGAUUGCUAACAAAAUGCGGCGUUCUCAUUCGGGAGGCUAUGGCUACGAGCCAUUACCAAGUACAUCUACACAAAGUCCUAUAGAAGACGAGAAUGAAAGGAUGACUGAAGAACUAAAGGACAAGAUUCAUGCCUUAAAAUCAUUAUCUAUUGACAUUGGCACUGAAGUCAAAUAUCAAGAUAAAUUCUUGAGAUCAAUGGAUGAUGAUUUUGAAAGGACAAGUGGUUCCUUAUCUGGCUCUGUAGGACGUGUUUUGCGCCUAGCAAAAGCAGGUCACAAUUACUAUAUCUUAUAUUUAUUUCUUUUUUCUAUAGCAGUAUUUUUUGUGUUGUGGAUAGUUUUGAAAUUUAAAUGAUUGUAUAUAAAGUUUAUAAUUAAGAUAAAUGUAUAUAAAAUGUAACUAAGGUAAAAAACGGAUAUUUUAAGCAAAUUCUCUAACUAGUUGAAAAAUCUUUGAUAUGAUUUCUUUAUAUAAAAAUUCUUAUUCUAUCAAUUGAUGCAUUAUGUCAUAAUAAUGGGAAAAUAUACUAAUUACUCUAUAUCUCAGUAGAGACAAUACGUUGAAAAUAAAUUAUUUUUAUACAA